GUGAUCUACGGCGACGCCCGGGGCUGGAGACGCAAUCUGGCUUGCUCGGAACCCUGAGCCCGUGAUCCUCCCUCCCCGGUACAUGGAGCCCCGCGCGCCCGGUGUCCAGCACGGUCCUGUGCUCUUCCGGGUCUGACAGAAUCCCGCAGCCAUGAGCCCCAACCCGCAAUGGGACGUCCCCAGGGCGAUAAGGGUGGCCAGGCUCUUCCAUCUGGUGUGCGGGAUCCGAGAUGCCUGUGUGACCCCGUUCCUGACCCUCUACCUGAGGCAACUGGGUGUGGCCGCGCCCUUAGUGGGCAUCCUCAUGGGAACCAAGCAUCUGAUCACAGCCUGCUGGACUCCCUUCUGCGCCUUCCUGGCCAAACGCUACCAGAAAAGGAGACUGUUUCUGACUGGCUCGUUGCUGGGCUCCACAGGAGCCAGCCUCCUGAUGGUGUUCGUCCCACCGGUGGACAGAAAUCUGGGCAACCACUUUUGUAACGGAAGCCGUAGAGUGGCCACCACCGUCCUACCACUGGGGGUCCCAGAAAGUGUGACCAUGAUCUCCGCCCAGGGGUCAGUCCCAAACCACUGGGCAGGAGCACCCAGCCUCCCAAGCAGCAGGCACAGGAGAGCCCUGGACACUUCUGGCUUUCCAAAUGCAUCUGGUAAAAAUCAAGGACGAACUAUUAGCGGUCUGCAGGCCUUUCGAGUGGACUCUGUUGAAGGAGCCAGGAUCACUACCCAAGCUCUGCAUCCUGUCACUUCUGGGUUGAAAGAUAAUUCCCAGGUAGGGACUUUGGAGGUGGGCAAUGCUACCUUGGGUCUAUUUCCUGGAAGUACAGCCCUUGGAAGUUCAGUCACCUCAUCGAAGGCCCAGGGGGAUGCCCAGAGCCGCGAUCACUCCUUGAAAAGGCCGCAGUGGACCUUCACCCUCUCCUUGGGGUUUGUGGUUUUCUGGGAACUGCUGGCAGCCCCUCUGGAGCAGGUGGCGGAUGACAGUCUUUAUGAAUACCUGGAUUUUGUAGACGCCACUGACCGGAACAGAGACUUGUGGGUGUGGAGACUUUUGGGUAUGUCAGCAGGUGUGUGCAGCAUCGCAGCCUUGGUGGGACAUCUGGAAUGCAUCCUCAUGACCAACGGUCCUCAGGGCGUGAUUUAUUUUUACAGCUACUCACUGCUCAGUAUUCUGGCCUUAGCAGUGAGCACUGCCUUUCCCGUCCCCACCAACCAGCAACAGGGGCGCAGCUAUAAAACCACCAAAGCGCUGUCCCUCAUAAGGGGUGACACCCGCCUCAUCCUCCUCGCCUUCACUGUCUUUUGGAUAGGAGCCGUUGCCAGUACUGUGCAGAACUUUUUGUUCUGGCACAUGAGGGACCAUGGCAGCAGGGAGCUGGUGAUGGGUUUCUCGGUGGCUCUCGGCUUCCUCGGAGAAAUUCUGUUUCAUCCGUUCAGAACUUGGUUGCUAAGGAAACUGUCUAGGGUGGGUGUGCUGGGGCUGGGGCUGGGCUGCCUGGCCCUCCAUCUGUUGUAUUACUCUUUCAUCUGGAACUGGUGGUCUGCCCUCCCUGUUCAGAUCCUGAGUGCCAUCAGCAGUGGCGCUCUGUGGUGGGCUGUGGGGACGUCCAUAGAGAACCUGGCCUCCUCUGGCACAGAGAGGUCUCUGAGCACCAUUCUCCGAGGUCACUUUUAUGAGAGUGGCUGCAGCUUCGGCAGCUUUGUGGGGGGCUUUGUCCUAAUGCGCUUCAGCAUAGCCGGCCUCUACCGAGCCUGUUGUCUGGUCCUGCUGCUUUGGCUGGCCUUGUUCCUGUCAGUCCAGCCCAGGCUGCCCCAAGAGCAGAGGAUCAACUACUCAAAGCUGCUAGCUAUGGAAGGCAGUGACACUAGUGACGCUGAGCCGGGGUCGGAAAGGGACUGGCUUGUGAAGGCCAUGAGGGAGGAACACAUGGACUGGAAGACCUGAGAGGUGAAAGCAACCGUGGAAGGGCCAGGACUCCUGCCCUGGGCUGCUGGGAGCCAUAAGGGAGUGAGGCCAGCCACAGCUUUGCCAAAGGCACAACAGUAUCUACUCAUUGCAAGAUUUUAUUUUGUAG